AUGGCCGCCAGUGUUGAUGCGAUAUUCAUGCUCGCUGCCUUCGCAGUGCCGGUGGCUGUGACCUACGGAAUGCUGGGCCCCGGGCCGGGGGGGAGCGCUACCCUCAGCACCAGCUUUACCUGGCAUCCGAUUCUGAUGUCGUCUGCUUUUCCUUGCUUGAUGGUGUUGGGUCGCUGGGUUUACGUAACCGACUCUCUUGGAGACAAGCAACAGCAACGAUCUGCACAUCGCGGGGUCAUGAUGUUAAGCACUUUGGUUGCCAUCGGCGGAUACAUCGCCAUAUUCAUGGCCCACAUCAAAACCCCGUCAUUCUUCGGCUACAACUUCGCCAAGCACACUUGGGCAGUUCCGUCACGAAUAGUCCACGACUUCUUGGGAUAUUCUGUUCUAUUGCUGAUGCUCUUUCAGGCAACAGUAGGUUUGAUGAAGUAUUGGAAGUUGCAGGCCGGGCAGAAGUCCUUUCCAUUUCAUGGAAGCCUGGGGAAGCUCAUCAUCCUCCUCGGAUCGGGCAACAUCCUCACUGCCUGCAUCUUCUGGAGCUGGAGUAUGGCCUUCAAAGCACUCUUGGCCGGCCUCGCCUUGUCUGCAGCCCUCUGUGGAGCCUUCUGGCCUGCCCCUGAAAGGCCUGAAACUGCACCCCUGGCAGAAUCCACGAAGCCCUGA